AUGGCCAGCCACCUCAGUCCCACUCAAGAGGAACGCCCGCAAGAUGAUCUAGUCAAAGUGCUACUCCAGCAGGACAUGGCAGCGGCUGUCAGGAGUAGCGAUGGUUUCACUGAGUCGGAUACCAGGGAGUUUGUCACCGGCUUUACGCGUCCCAAAUCCCCACCGCCGCCGAGCACGACAGACACGGUGGUGGACCACCAGCAGCCGCUUUACCUGGACGAGAACUACUUCAACACGCUGCUGGCCGAGACGCCGACAGACGCCACCAUGCUGGACGCACACGGCUUCGACGACCUGUUCUACCACGACCCCGUCCCCUCUCCCGGCGACCAAAGCGACUCCACAUGCGCCAGCCUCGGAUCAUCGGCAGCAGCAACCGCGUCCUCAUCCGCAACCGCCACCACGAGCGAGCACCAGCCCAACCCUCUCCUCACCCCACCCUCCAGCCACAGCAACAGCUUCUCCUUCCCGCCCGCCCCCACCCCUCCACACCCACGCAGCGCGCUCCCUCCUCCCCCCCACCACGCCGCGCUGGCAUCCACCCCCCUCUCGGCGGCGCCAGACCCCCGGCGCGCGAUGCAGCACCUCUCGGACCUGGGGCUGCGGCUCUACACGCAGACGGCCAAGUACCAGGACGCGGACUUCGCAGACCACUCGGACCCCGCGCACCACCUCGGCUCGCUCGCGGCCGACGUGCUGCGCAGCUCAAACGACUACCUGGCCACCAUCUCGCUCUUCUCGCCGCCGCACCAGCACCAGCACCUCGACAUCGCCACCGCGUUCCAGCUGCUCAUCCCGUACGUGCGCCUCGUGCAGCUGUACGACCGCCUGCUCGAGGCGAUGCUGCGGCGCUUGUCCGGCGACGCCACGACCACGCCGACGGCGUCUGCGAGCGGCGGGUGCGAGGCGUCGGCAGCGGCGUCGUCGUCGUCGUCGGGAUUCCCAGACGUGUGGGUGGGCGGGGUGUGCGUCAACGGCGGCGGCGGCGGCGGGGGGGCGUUCGGGGCGCGGCUGCUGCUGCAGAUGUGCAUCUGCGUGCUGGGCGAGAUCGAGAACGUGCUGGCGCUGCCGGGGGAGGCGAGGACGUGCAGCGGCGAGUGGGCGGCGGGGGACGAGGGCGCGGCGAUACGAGGUGAGGGGGGGAUUUUGCCGCAGGCGGUGUCGCCGCGGCUGUUGAGGAUGAUGCUGGAGGAGCGCGGUACUGGUGGCGGCUGCGGCGGUGGGGGUGUGGAUGUGCAGGCGACGAGGGAGAGGAUUGCGGGGGUUAGGCGGCUGUUGGGUGGGUGCGGGACGGGGGUGUGA